GGAGAAGGUCUGAGCGAGCCCUGUAGGCUGACAUGUGACUGUGACUGCUUGCUGAGGACUGUCACCACCAUUGCUAGCACCAAUCUCCAGACAGACCUAUCACCUCAGUGUAACACAGCCGCUGCAGCAGUGAGCAGUCUGGCAGAUUCACCAGGGCUGUCUGUAGGGCUGGGCUGACUGUGCCACUGUGUCAGUGUAGAGGAGCCAUGUGCUGGUGACAGCACAACCCAUCUCUAUUUUCUCCAUAGACCACCUUGCAGGGUGCUGGGAUAACUAACACAUUACACUCUACCUGGUUGUGAUCAUACUCUUUGUGCUGAGGACUUGGCGUUAACAUCAGUGGUUAUUAUAAGUGGUUGUGACCCCCACGUGGACUCUGGGUGCUUAUUGCUUACUGGCCUACAGACACGGGCUGUAUCAGUUUACUGCUAGAUGAUAGCAGGCACGUGAGGGAAUUAUAAUGGUGCAGACAAGAUCUCGUCAGCAACGGGUUAAUAACGGAAUGCAGGGUUUCCACGUUGUUGCAGAAUAAACGGUGCUCACGAAAGGACAGAGAACAAAAGACUGGCUAGUGGAGACGCGUAACGGACUGUGCUGCGACAAAGAGCUUUUCCGUUCUCCUGUCUAGCAUGUUCUGUGAGGAUAAUAUUGAAGACAUCAUGGCUGAAUUCUGCUGGCUUCAAGCAUUUAGAUGACAAGUGCUUGUACGUACAUGGAACUGGUAUUGCCCGUACAACGAAGUCCAAUUCAUGCUCAUUUUUUUCUUUUUCUUCGUCACAACGAAUUCAUGUCUAGUUUUACCAAAGACAGAGAGAAAUUAUGCAGGAUGUAAGGAAAUUGCGUCGCUCACCAGCACAAAAAUCGGGACAGGAAAAUACAUUUGGCAUUUUGCUGACGACCACAAGUCUAAGGUAUCCUGAGUUUGUGAACCCUGAGCAGCCUGGGUAUGUGGGGUUUGCUAACCUACCCAAUCAGGUGCACAGAAAGUAUGUGAAGAAGGGGUUUGAAUUCACCUUAAUGGUGGUUGGUGAGUCUGGGUUGGGGAAGUCCACACUGGUCAACAGCUUGUUCCUGUCAGAUCUCUACCCAGAGAGGAUCAUUCCCACAGCCUCAGAGAAGAUCAGCCAAACUGUGAAGAUCGAUGCUUCCACAGUGGAGAUUGAGGAGAGGGGUGUGAAGCUAAGGCUGACUGUGGUUGACACCCCAGGGUUUGCCGACUCGAUCAACUCAGAAGAAUGCUUCCAGCCUAUCAUCAAGUACAUAGACGACCAGUUUGAACGUUACCUGCAGGAUGAGAGUGGACUCAACCGACGUCACAUCAGCGAUAACCGCGUACAUUGCUGCUUUUACUUCAUCAAUCCAUCAGGAUACGGAUUAAAACCAUUAGACAUAGCUUUCAUGAAGGCUGCGCAUCACAAAGUGAACAUUGUACCUGUCAUCGCUAAGGCUGACACUCUCACCAAACGAGAAGUGCAAAACCUCAAGCAGAGGAUAAUGGACCAAAUAGAAGAGAAGGGGAUCAGCAUCUACCCUCUACCUGACUGUGAUUCUGACGAGGAUGAUGAGUACAAGGAGCAGUGUAAACAGCUUAAGAUGGCUGUCCCAUUUGCUGUUGUGGGGUCCAAUGGUGUUAUUGAGGUGAAAGGUCGUAAGGUCAGAGGUCGCACAUAUCCAUGGGGAGUUGUAGAGGUGGAGAACCCCGACCAUUGUGACUUUCUCAAACUGAGGACCAUGCUGAUAACCCACCUCCAGGACUUACAGGAAGUCACACAAGAAUUCCAUUAUGAAAAUUACCGCGCAGAAAACCUUGCAUCUGGAGGCCCUGCUCAGAGAAAACCCAGAAAACCCAGGGCGGAGAGUCAAGAGUUGACGGAGAAAGAAAAGCAACUUCUGGAAAAAGAACAAGAGUUACAAAGGAUGCAAGAGAUGCUGAACAAGAUGCAGGCUCAGAUGCAGUCUCAGCAGAACGGGCCCUCGCAGAAUGGGGUCAGCUCCCACAACGUCUAAUAUGGCCACAGAUAAAUUUGCGUGAGAUGUUCUUGCGGGCGGGACAUGAUGUCCUCCAUGGUUACAAGGAGUGGCAUGAAUCUCAUCUGUAGGAGAUUAAGGACCAAUGAAACAUCAGCAAAUAGAAACGUAAAGCUGUGUGCCAAAUGGAAGGGACACAGGCUUGCCAAAAUGAAAAAAAAAAAUUUUAAUAUUUUGAUACAUUUGCCAAUUUUCCAAUGAAUUAUUUCAGGAAAUUUAACUCAGUGGUUUUUUUGUUUUUUUUGUUUGGCUAUGUGUUGGAUGCAAAGAAUGCAUGUACAUGCUUUUCUCAAGAUUUGUCAGCUUUUAAUAUGUGACAUUUGAUAAGCUUCAUUCUCAAACAGAAGUCUAGCAUUGUACUUAAGGUAUUGCUAAUGCAGUGAAUAAUGAAUGAAUCUAUUCAUUCUGUCAAAAUAAAGUAAAACAUAUAUGUGAAAAACUUUAGUGCACAUAGAUUUAUUCUUCAGUAUGUAGUACUAAUUUUUCAUGACCAGAUCAGUCACUUCAGAGAUGUAUUCCUCACAUGUUCGUUCUGAUUUGUAUGAUGAUUUCCAACCAUUACCUUGAUUGGUGCAAUAUGCCCAGAGUUACAUCCCUUUAGUGUUCAUGCAUUGCAUUUAUCUCCCUUUACAUACAUUGUCAAACCCACAAAUAUUAAGUGUUUAAUUUAAGAGAGUUACUUGGCAAGAGAUAUGAUGUCCCUCAUGUGGAAUGUUUCUGUAUCGUAGUAGGUUAUAUUCUGCGAAACUUAGAGUGUAAUGUUCAUAUUAAAAUUUACCUGAAUUUUUCUUCUGCAGACUAUUUUAAAGCAAAAUUAAAAACCAAAGGGUCAUUGAGAGUCUUAAAAGCUAUGGAAAAUGCCCUACUUCUUCGCCAGUCUUGAAUAUUUUUCUUGUAUACGUACAUUGUAUAUCAAACGUUUUUCAUAAGGCAGUUACAGAAUCAGAUUGAUCUGACAAAGAUCUCAAUGUUUUACAUUCUGGUUUUGUUAGUUGUCACAAUCAUGUACUUGUUCUAGCUUGGGAAUGCCUCGACGUUGAUGCAUAUGUCCUGUUUCUUUUUCUUUCCUGACAGCAGCGUCUCUCUGUUUAGGGAAACUUUGUUUUAUUUAUGUGCCUGUGUACAUGUAAGUAUGUAGCUUUAAGUACACUUUGUUAGUUUUUUUUUUUUGUUGUU